AUGGGUGAAGGAGAAGACGCAGCAGAGGUUUCUCUUUGUGUGGAAAACAAGGAAGAUGUUUCUCCUGAAUGCUUAGCUUGGGCUGAUUCCUGCAUCGUCAGUUUUCCGGAUGACUCAGAGAGCAAUAAUUGGGGCACUUUUAGAGACGCUUUAACAGAUAUCAUCGAUAUCCAUCCAGAGAUAUUUAUUGCUUCGUCAACAGGAACAUCGACUGUCCUGUCUCCAGACGAGGACAUGGCUGAAACCGACUCAAGUGAUCUUCACAGCAGUACAGAUUCACCCAAGGAAGAAGUCAGCGAGAUUGUCUCUUUGCUAACGUUUGAAUCAGACCCGUCAAAGAAUUCUCUACAAGACGAUUACUUUCCAGACAACGGAACAAGCCGUGAACAAGUACUGGACAAUCGUACUAGAGAUCUUCAAGGUGUGGAGAGUGUAGAAGGAGAUGGUUCUCUGAGCAAUGGAAAGGCGGUGGAAGAAGAAGAAGCAGAGGCAUUAUCGUCUCAAGUCUUCAAGGAUGAUUUCAUGAGCAGUUACAUUCAAGACGGUGUUGACGAGUUUAAUGUUCCAGAGGAUGUGGUUAAAGCAACUCCACAAGAGAUAUUCAAGGUGUGGGAUCUGGAGAUCGAGGAGGAGGAUGGUGAGGAAGAUGGGUUGGUGCUGCAGCUGAAGAAAGCACUCGACGAGUCAUCCAGAGUCCAGCCACUGAAUGAUGAUCAAGUUGUUGCGAGGAAGAGCAGUGUCGAUGAUCUGAUUGCUGGGAUCUCCGAUAUGUCUCUCGCAGAAACAUAUCCAAGUGAAAGAUGA